AUGGACUACGACGCGAACUUGGUGUCGAUGGAGAUGAUCGCGGCGGCAGCGUUGGACGACAAUAAUAAUGAGUAUCCGAUGGUGACUAUGUGGCACGACAUCGAAGUCGAGCGGAAGGCAAUCAACUGGUUCAUGUCGCGCUGUCUGCGCGGGUUCCGAGCUCAAAUUCUGAGCCGGGAGGAGCUGUUCUGGAAGGUGGAGGAGGCGUUCAUCCUGGAGGAUUAUAUUUUUCAGCGAUCCGUGAGCUUGGAAGACUACCGCGAAAAGUUCUCAAUGGCCUGCUCGCAGCUGGGCGGCGGCAAGGAACCGAUGCCCCCGUUCGAUCAGCUGCCG